GCUCCUCACCUCACCAGCACCAAGCUGAGCACCUCGGGGCUGCUCCCGGCCUGCUGGGGCUCGGCUCUGCCAGGGCCCCACCGGCCUCAGACCUGGGGAUAGCGUCCGCUGCUUGCGCAACAAAUGGCUGUAAAAGGUCUGACUGCAAGCCCUGCUUACGGGAACUCGCUGAGCGCAGCCCCUCUGCUUUGGAGUACCGCGGCCCCAAGAGCUUCCUCCCGUCCCUGAUCGCUGAGGAUGACACCUUCUUCACCAGCAUGGCUGAGGAAAAGGAAGAUUCCUCUUCCACAGAGCUGGACGUCCCCGCAGCUGACUUGCACAGCAGCACGGAGGAUCUCCUCUCAGACUCAGCUCUCCACGGCACGGAGUAUUACAAAGACCUGGGGCUCCUGAGCCCGCCAGCUGCCAAAACAGCGCCGGAGGCAGCGGCGCAGCCAGAACCAGCCCCUCAGGCUGUGUCAGCCAUUCGUUUCUUGGAAGAAAGACCUGAGGCUCUGAGCAAAAUGUCCGUGGACGUGGCUUUUUCCAAUCCCGUGUCCUGCUCGGUGCGUUAUGGCGAGGCCGACUGCCACUUCUUGAACAAAGGCACCGGCGCUGCCGACGGUCCCGAGGAGAUGGGUGAAGACCUGGACCUGCAGGAGACCACGGAGUCCUUCCCCACGCUGGUGAGGUCCAUGUCUACCUCUCGGAGGCACAGCUGGGAGAGCCCCUUGUCACCCGUGGACUGCAAGCGCAGGUUCAGCUUGGAUACCACCGAGGCGGGCAGCGACGCGGAGCAGGAGGAUGUGGAGAAGGGCAGCCGGUCCUGCCCGCAGCCUCGCGUGUCCCUGCAGCUGCCCCGGGGCGAGCUGGAAGCCUGGAGCAGCAGUGGUGGCAGCAUGGUGAUCAAGGUGGAGAUAGAGCCGCUGCACCCGAGCCUCCCGGGCUGCCCUGGCUCGGAGGAGGUGGAACGUGGCAGUGACGGGAAGAGGCUGAGGUCGAAGUCCGUCCCAUCAGCCUGCGAGAUCGCCUCCCCUCCCAUACCCUGCGGUUUCAACACUGCUCUUUCGGUCAUGGAAGGUGUCGAACCCCCUGCUCUGGAGAUGCUGGAGAAGGAUCACGUGUCCCCAGACCACGUGCUAAUUGUCCAGCAAGUACUUCAGGAGCUGAAGCAGUAUCACGGGGUAAAGCAGAGAGUUUGUGUGCAAGAAGGCAGUGAUUCCUCCCAGCAGAACCUCACCUGGUUUGAGUUCCUGUCUAACGAAAAUGAGGACAGUGGAAAGAGUGACAAAGCAGAGAAAGGCACCAAGGUGAUGCGGCGUCUGAGUUCCCUGCGGAGCCGAGUUACCGGGUCCUGGAAGGAUAAGGGUAAGAACAAAGAGCAAUCAAAAGAGAAAGAGAAGGAGAAAGAGACAAAGGAGCCAAAAGAGAGGUGGAAAGAGGUCAAUCGGCACCAGCUUGUGCCAGGGGUUUUCUCCAGCUGCACCAGCUGCUCCCUGUGUGCCAAACCUCUCAUGAAUAAAAGUGGUCUGCAGUGCCUGAACUGUGCAGUGAAUGUCCAUAAGAACUGCAAGAGUUUAUUGGCUGAAUGCAGCAGCAUCAGACCCAAGCAGAAAGAUUUGCAGCACAGACCUUCUGGAUCUCCACAAAGUUCGUCCCAGUGCAUUUCCCCAGCCGCUUCCUUGAAGGAGCAGCCCCGAAGUCUUCUCCUGGGACCGGAUGGGACCCCAGUACUCUCACGGAAUCUCGGUAUGACUAUUACCCAGAGAGGAAAUUCUCAGUCUUCAUUGAGCACUGCUGAAGCUGUUAGUAAAUUUCGACUAAUUUCAGGAGACAUGGAUGAAGGGGAUUCAGGAUUUAUAAAAUUUAAGCAGACCUCAGAUGAUGUUGUCUCACUUGCACCUUCAACAGCAGACUCCAUUUUUCUGGAAGAUGCAUAUUCUAUAUCCCUCCGAAGUGAAAUAGAAACAGAUGCUCAUGAGUUUGAGGCAGAGUCUUGGAGCGUUGCAGUGGAACAGUCUUAUGCAAAGAGGCAAAAGAAAGAAGUUAUAAAAAGGCAAGAUGUCAUUUAUGAACUAAUGCAGACUGAAAUGCACCAUGUUAGAACACUGAAAAUAAUGCUGAAGGUGUACUCCAAAGCCAUGAAAGAGGAACUGCAGUUCCCGAAUGCGGUCAUCAACAAGCUCUUCCCCUGUGUGGAUGAGCUGCUGGAGAUGCAUGCGCAAUUCCUGCUCCAAUUAAAGGAGCGGCGAAAGGAGUCCUUGGAAGAAGGCAGUGACCGAAAUUACAUAAUCCAGAACAUUGGAGACCUCUUGGUAAAACAGUUUUCAGGUGAAAAUGGGGAGAGAAUGAAAGAAAAAUAUGGUGUGUUCUGCUGUGGACACAAUGAAGCUGUUAGUCACUAUAAAGACCUGCUCCAAAACCAUAAGAAGUUCCAAAACUUAAUAAAGAAAAUCGGCAACAGUUCCAUCGUGAGGAGACUUGGUGUUCAAGAGUGUAUCCUUCUGGUUACACAGCGCAUCACCAAAUACCCGGUCUUGGUGGAACGCAUUAUUCAGAAUACAGAAGCUGGAACUAAGGAUUAUGAAGAGCUGACCCAGGCCCUUAGUUUAAUUAAGAACACAAUCACUCAUGUAGAUGCCAUGGUAAAUGAGUGUGAGAAAGGGCAGCGCCUGAAAGAGAUUAUGCAUAAAAUGGAGCUAAAAUCAUCUGGGAAAUGCAAGAAUGGGCUUCUCUUCCGGAAGGAUGAUAUGGGACAGAGGCGGCUUCUGCUCGAUGGGAUGCUGUACUGGAAAGCUGCAUCAGGGCGACUGAAAGAUAUUCUGGCAGUCCUGUUAAAUGAUGUACUGUUGCUCUUGCAAGAAAAGGACCAAAAAUACACAUUUGCAUCAGUGGACUCUAAACCACCAGUUAUCUCGUUACAAAAAUUGAUUGUAAGAGAGGUAGCUAAUGAGGAAAAGGCAAUGUUUUUAAUCAGCGCUUCCUUAAAAGGACCAGAAAUGUAUGAAAUCCACACAAGCUCUAAAGAAGAGAGAAAUUCCUGGAUGGCUCACAUCCGCAGAGCUGUAGAAAGCUGUCCUGAUGAAGAAGGAGGAACGUUUAAUGAACCCGAAGCAGAAAGAAAGUUGGCUGAAGCAAGAGCUGCAAGGUUGAGAGAUUUCCAAGAGCGUUUGAGCAUGAAAGAUGACCUGAUUAUGCAAAGUCUAACUGAGAAGCAACAGAUUUAUCUAGAAAUGUCUGAAAUGAAUGGGUUUGAAGACAAUUCCCAAGGAACCCGAUCUAGGCUACUUCUUCGGGGGGAUAUCUCAGAAAAUCUGCAAGGAGAGUCGCUUUUGAAGUCUGCAGUGGUAGAAGCUGAAAAUCUCCAGAACCUUAUCUUCACUCACUUAGGAAAUGGAUCCUGUCAGCCUGAAGAUAGCUGUGCACCGGGACUCCCCAGGAGAGCAGAGACCUUUGGGGGAUAUGACAGUAGUCCCUCAAUUUCAAACAACAAUAAUAGUCUUGGGAAGAGUAGUGGUGGUGACCAGAGGCAAUGGGACUGGAGAGGCCAUGCAGUAAGUUCAGAUGUGCAUCUCCAGGACCUCCCACUGGAUGCAGAAGAAGGAUCUCAAACUAGUGAUAUAACAAGGCUGGAUGACAACAGUGAUAUUCAGCCCACCAUAGAGUCUCAGCUUGUCCAAAGGAUACAAAAACUGCUACAAUUGCUCUUCAGUCUUCAGGCAGUGAUAUCUCAGCAGGACAGCUACAUUGAGAUGCAGCGAGCCACCAUGGCAGACCGGGAGAAGCAAUACCGGCUGCAGUCUACACGUGGCAACCUGCUGCUAGAGCAGGAGAAACAGCGUAACUUUGAAAAACAGAGAGAAGAACUGAUGAAUGUACAGAAACUUCAGAACCAGCUGAAACUGGAGCAGCAACGCUGGGAACGGGAAAGGAGUCAGCAGCAGAGGGAACUAGAAGUCACAGAAGUCCGGCUGCAGAAGCGCGAAGAGGAAGCUCGGCAGCUGAAAGACAAGUUGAUUCAGGAUAGAGAAGAAUUAGAGAGGCAGCGAGAGGCCUAUCAGCACGACCUGGAGAGGCUGCGGGAAGCUCAGAGAGCAGUAGAGAAAGAGAAGGAGCGUCUAGAUCAGCUAAGGAAGCUGAAAAAGCAGAACACGGUGUCCGGCACGUUCUCCCCCGAAAUGGGACAGAGCCAGAUGCAAAGCCACUCCGUUAGCUUCAAUGGAGAAGGGGUAGAACCAUCUCUGCCAGUCUUGAAAAGCUCUGCGAGAGUGAGCAUCUCUGGAAUAGACUACUUGGAACGGCCAGAGCUGGUUCGUAGGGACAGUACCACCCUGGAGAAUCGUCCAGUUCUUGCACUGAAGAACGAAGUGCCAAUCCAUCUCCUGAGUGCGACUAACCAGAUACAGAAACCGGCUGCAGUUCAGCAGCAGAUCCCUACUAAGCUGGCCGCUUUUACAAAAGGAAGCAAAGAGAAAGGUGGGAAGAGCAAAGCAUCUCACAGGACAGACAGUUCGGCAUCUGUUGAUCAGAAGCAGCUGAUUCCCCCUAGGCUCGUUGGACGAGAGGAGGGUAUCCUCAGAGGCAGGCGAUCAGCAAGUCCAGUCCUCCCAAGCAGCCAGACCACUGCAUUCCAGACAGAACUGUAUGGCUCUACAGAUGGUCAGCCAGAAGCACUUUCAUCUGCCUCAGCAAACCCGUUCAAGCCCAGUAAUGUUCAUGUUCAGACCCUGGUGACCUCUCAGUCAACUCCGUUAAAUGCACAAGACGAUACCAGCAAAGAAGAUGUCAUUUUUUUCUAAUUGUUUCCAUUUAAAGAUCAGUCUUCUGACAUACUGAUUCAAGAACUCAGGCUCCAGUGGUCAACGUGACGUGGAUGUCUUUUUAUCCUCACCCCCUCUAAUACUAACAAGGACCAGACCAGGAUUACAGUUUUACUUUGUUGGCUUCUUUGUCAGCAGCUCAAAAUGAGGGCACAGUGGUAGUAAUUUGCUUUUAAAUUCUCCAACCAUGGAAAUGUGUUGACACAUAGCAUGGGUGUCUAAAUUCAGAGCAUGUUAAAAUGCUGCCAUUUACUGCAAUUUGCUCUCUUUGGUGUAUCUACACUCUUUGUGGGCACCAUCUGGUAAAUUGUUGUAGUUGAUAAUGAAUUUCCCAGAUUUUUAUGUAAAAAAUUUUAGUAGUAAGCCCCAAAAUGGCUGAGAUUUUUUUAAAUCCCUUUUUCACAGGUGCAAGGUCGCUGUAAUGGAUUAUGCGAUUAUGCUCUCUCUGUGUUAACUUGUUGACUAGCAAGCCAGUCUCCUUACAGCCAGGCACGAUGAAUGUUGUGAUACCACCUCACAGGAACCAGGCUAGCAUCUCUGUUUCUUUUGUAAAGUUAGUGGAGCGCAUGCUCAGUGGCCAGGUACAGUGGGAAAGACGAGGUAAGCUGCUUAAGAGUCUUCAAGGUUCAAGAGCUCCACCUGCUUGUGGCUGAGGAGGGUUGAACAUGCGAGAACACCCAGCAGUUACAAGACUUGGACUCGGUGCACAUUUCAUUGGAUGUCGGCUUGCAGGAGGAAGCCUGUCCUUCUACAGACAUUGAGUGGCUCUCCAGUUAGUGAGAGCAGUACAGGCUCCUAAGCAAAACUCCUGAGCUGGUUCAGAAGGAACUUAGAGACCUGGAUUUUGUUCCUUGCUGGAAGACAUAUAAUAAGUGUUUGAAUGCAGUAAUUACUGUCUCGUUUCAUCCCAAGUCUUCUGCAUCUUUCGUUGGUCUGCUAACUUCUUGGGACUUUACUCCAAGUAUGAGAAGAUAUCAAAGCUGCUGUUACUGCAGAGGCUUCUCUGCAGCACUGUAAGGAAUGAAGGGAAUAAGAACUGUUUUGUUUUUUAUUUUUUUUAAUAAUAAAAAAGUGCUAUUAGCUAAACCUGGGUUGGUUUAGCUGCUCACAGCUAAACCAGCUUUGAUACCUCUUGUUAAAUGGGUCAGUUCUUAAUUAUGGAAUGAUGAUGAUGUUAACAGAGCCCUGCUCAAAAGGCAUUAUUUCUCUUUGUAGUAAUUUGCACAGUAAUUUGUUGUAUUCUAUUACUUUGCUCCUUAUUUCUGUUCUUUAUUACUCACAUCACUGAAGGACGUGUAUUCCGAUGUGUGUCAAAUGUGACCAGUCAGAUUGUGCGCAGGAGAAGCUGUUCAGAGGACGUUAUUACGGUGUUAAAGAAAUCAGAAUCUCAGAGUUUAAAAACUUGGGUUAAUACCUUUCAGAAUGUGAUUGAUGGGAUUAUUUUGUAUCUUUAACCCUGUCUGGGAGUGAUUUUUAGCACAAGUGAAUGGAAUGCCUGAUCAGUUCGCGCCAGCCUCAUGGCAGUGGCUCGGAAUGGCAGUUUAUCAAUCUCUCUUCAAACCAUUGAAUCAGUUACUCUGUCUCAGUGGUCAGGGCCUAUGUGAUGUUAGUAAUGUUCUUUAAGGUAGUAACUUCACUUUGCUUGAAGGUUUUAAAAUUAUUGCAGUACUUACAGUGCAAGAAACAUAAAUUUUCAGCAGAAAAUAUGGAGUUUAUUUCCAAGAGGUGAUAAUUAGGGUUGUUAGUGUCUCCAGACAAGAACUUGAAAUCUCCAAACUCUCAGUUUGCUCUCAGUGCGAGAGCAAAAUGAUAAGCUAUGAAAUACUAAUUCUGUCUUGGGGAGCAAGCAGUCCUUGUUGUAAUGCUUCUUGGAUUUAAGGGUCUUUUUGCUGAGUGAUACUGGUAUCAACCUGAAGCAAGGCACAGAGUUCAAAAGAGUUGUGAUGUUACCUAUGAGAGGAAAACUCCAAACUAUCUGUUUUGUUAUCAGACUGGUGAUACUUCCCCCAUCACACCUCCCCAGCAAAGUGUUACGAUUAAAUAAGACACACUUCACUUCAAUACCAAAGUGUUGCUUGGUAAAUCAUGAGCCUUGCAGAGCUUACACAGAUUAUCAAUGUCUAGAUCUGCAGAAAACGGUAUGAGGAAUGUAGUCAUUUUUGCAUUGUUGUGAUACUGUGUUAAUAAUGGUUAGAACAUAUUUCUCCAUUGUAUUUUUGCCUUCCUAAAACCUAGAUUAAAAUAGUGGGAAUAUCUUAAAAUGAAUGUAACUUCUGAUCGAUUCAGCAGCUCUAUAGGACUGAUUCUUCAGCCAGCUGAUGUGGAGAUUCUAGUCACCUCUGAUACCCGUGUAAUUCCUUCUGUAAACGUACAGCAAAGCAGCAAGAAUGUACAGUAUGUUCUCUCCAUGCUGUGGUUUGGGCCACUCCUAGUGCAAACUCUAUGCCCCCAUUGCCCUAAAUUACCAGUUUUUAGCAGCUUUAACCUAAAGCUAAGUUGCAUCAGUGGAAUAAACCACCUCAGCCAAGGAGGGAGGUCUCUGUUUAGAUAUUUUAAAACAAUUUUUAGAAACAUGUAUUUGGCUCAAUUUUUUGUGCCUGUCCUAAUGUAUGGGAGAGAGUGUUCUAUAGACCAAAGAGGUUUAUUUGGCAACGUUUUUCUUCUUACUCUGUGCAGUGAACGAAUUCAGAUAUAGAACAGUAACAUCUGGAACAUAUUAAGUCUGCAGUGAGGUCUCAUUUCCUUUAAUAUGUUUUAACUUAAAUGUAACUUUUAAUAUUCAUUGUCAGCAGUGCUUUAGAUAAGUUGUGGCUGUUAGCAAAUGGACACAGGACCUUUACAGGCCAGUCUGUUGGUUCAGCACACCAAGAGUUCCUUGGAAUAUUGGUUUUCAAUCUGUAACUGAGAUAACCUUAAAAGUUACCUGUCCUCAACAUGCGUCUGGCUGCAGCUAGUCUUAGGAAAGCCAUUUUCACCAUGAAUAGAGAUUGCAUCAUCUCAAAAUCAUAGAAGUGCCAUACAAGGUAUUUACGUGAUUUCCUAUAUAGUCCCCAGUUUGGAAGAGGUUUUACAAAGCUAUCUCAUUACUAGUGUGGAAUUCACUGUAUUAGAGUACGGUAAAAUUAUUUGUAGAAGGCUGAGGGAAGCAAGUGAAAUACUUUCUCUAAAUGAAGUGUGGGUCUUCACUUCUGCAAAAUUGAAUCUGUGAAAUUGUUAUUAAAUCACCGUAGUUGAGUGCACUAAUUUUGGAUUCUACUCAAAUCUAAUUUGUCGAAAAACAAUUUUUCUGAGCAGAUUGUAUUGCAAAAUAACUCCUGUAUCCUGGGCUAAGUGACAUGCUAUUGAUUCUGAGUAAUAUCCUUUCCAUUUGACUCUUGUUUACUUCAGAUAAAAGUUUCCCUUCAAGUGAUAUCAGAGGAUUAGACAGUUCAAAACUCUGCCUCCCAGGUGCCUUUUAGCUUCUGUCUUGAGCUAGGGUGUGGAGGAAAUUACAGCAUGAGCUCUGAACUGCCUUCUUCUUUGCUUUGUGUCACAGCCUUAAAAUCAUUGUCUGUUUGUCUUGUGGUGUUGCAAUGUAGAGACUGUUUCUGUGGUUCUGAUUCCCAGUUUUCACUCUGGUGUAAAACAGACUUCCUCUGCCCCUUCUCAUUUGGACUGUGGUCAUUUUGUAUUUCAGACUGAAGAUCCCUCCAUAUUCACUAGUACUGAGCACAUCUGCCCUGUGCAUGCUGUAAAUGCUUUCCUAGUUUUCAGCUGUACUGUCUGUGGAUUGUAGCUGUGUCAUGUCCCAUCAAUUGAGAUCGCUAAUCAUUUCCCAGCGUGAAGCAGCAGAAUUGGUACUUCUAGAGAUUCUUGCUCAGCAAGCUAAUAGUAUUCCUGCAAAGGUAGGGGUAAUUCUAAAUAAAUUGCUUGCAGUUUUGUCUUUCUGAGUAAUAGUCAGAUGAUCCCGCAUACAUGAGGUUUGCUGUUUGUCAUUUUCAUUUACAAUGAAAGAUGAAACUUAAACUAGGAAAGGUUUGAGAGAGAUUUUUAGUUUCACUUCUACUUUCAGUUCAGCAGAACAGGAGCUAAGUCUCCCCUGGUGGUGCUCAGUGAUGUUCCUGUAUGUUGUGCCCCUGUGCAAGGGAAUUUGGAGCAUUUUUGUUGUCUUCCCCAGCAAUUUUCACAGUUACAAGACAAAAAACUCCUUGAUGCCAGAUUAUACGUGGUAUUCUUGCCUGAUCUUCUUGCUGAAUAGGUUUAUAAAUUUAAAAAAAAAAAAGCCUUUGCCUCCCCCUUCAAGGCCAGACCCAAAAUCUUUGUAACAACUGGCAGCUCUUGAAUAUUAACCAUCAGCAUGAUACAUCAAAUACCAUUCGUGUGAGCUCUGGUUAGUACCAUUUGUGCCAUGUUUGUAAAUCAGCUUUUUUAUAUUUUUGUACUGAAAGAAAUCGGAGCACUUUAGAAAAGUUUAUUUCAAAUUCCACUGCUGUUUGUACCUAAAAGGAAAUUGUCAUGGAAGUAGAUCCUGUUGGCAUAACUGCGUGCAUGUCACUCAGAGCUGUGAACUCUCUCGAUGCUAUUUAGUCUUAGGUCUGGUUUCUAGGCCCACCUUGCACUGUAAAGACUUAAUAAAUAAUCAUGGUUCAUGGUUAAAUUGACCAUUUUGUUGGGGAAGUGUUUGGGUUUGUUGUUCUUGUUUUGUUUUUUUCCUUUGUUAGGGUGUAAACAUUGUAAAUAGUUCCUUUACUGUUGAUACUUCAGUAGCAACAUCUUUGUAGUCUUAUUUUAUUUGUAAAGUCGAUGGUUAAAUGUUAAUAUUCUGUUGAAUUGUGCACUCUUGAUUAACUGUAAACUUGAUCUUAGCACACCAAAUGAUGAUUUUUACAAUGACUGCAACGUUUCUCCACUGAAGGAUUUCAGAGCUGCAAUAGGACUGAAACCAACUCCUAGCAAUAAAAAAAAAAAAAAAAAAAAAAAAAAA